AUGAGACCGUUUUCCAUAGUUCUCGCGGCAGCCCCCGUCUUUGCAAUGGGCGCCCACGCCAGUACCUGCUACGCCAUGCCCGGCGACUCGUCCUGGCCGUCUGCUGCUACCUGGUCGCAGCUGAACGCCACCGUGGGCGGCCGCCUCAUAGCGACGGUCCCCAUAGGCUCGCCGUGCCACGAUCCAAACUACGAUGCCGUCGCUUGUGCGGCCCUGCAGGACGAGUGGACACUCCCCACACCACAUCUUAAUUCCUCCUCCUCGGUCAUGGAGCCUUAUUUUGCUAAUCAGAGCUGCGACCCCUUCACUGCCCAGGAGAAGCCCUGCUUGCUUGGUAAUUAUGUGCACUAUGCCGUCAAUGUCUCCAGCACCGCGGAUGUGGUUGCCACGGUCAAGUUUGCAAAGAAGAACAACAUUCGUCUCGUCAUUCGCAACACUGGUCAUGACUUCCUUGGUCGCUCCACUGGCGCUGCCGCUUUGGCCGUCUGGACACACAACCUUGACUCCAUCGAGGUGACUUCCUGGUCCGACUCCACCUACUCCGGUGCCGCCCUGAAGCUCGGAGCCGGUGUUCUGGGUUAUAAAGCCUCCGAAGUUGCCCACGAUAACGGCCUCGUUGUCGUCGGUGGCGAGUGCCCGACUGUGGGUAUCGCCGGUGGCUUUACUCAGGGCGGUGGUCACUCUGCCCUGUCUACAGAAUUCGGUCUUGCCGCUGAUCAGACUCUCGAGUUUGAGGUUGUGACCGCCGCCGGGAGUGUCGUGACUGCUUCGUGGAAGAACAACACGGACCUCUACUGGGCCUUGUCCGGUGGCGGCCCCGGUACCUAUGGUAUCGUCACCUCCAUGACCAUCCGGGCUUUCCCCGAGGCCAAUGUUGGAGGAGCCGCUCUCGCCAUUGCUGCUGCAUACACGACAACCGAAAACUUCAACGAAGCCGUUUCAUUUUUCCAUGCACUGCUACCCAACAUGACUGACCUGGGUGCAAGUGUGGGCUACCUUGUCACCGAUGAAUACCUCCAGAUCAACCCCGUGACCGUGUACAACUCCACCGGGGAUUAUGUCGAGGACACCGUUCUGGCACCACUCAUUGCCAAGCUGGCGGAGCUCGGAAUUCCCUCGUCCUCGAGCUUUACCACCCUGUCCUACUAUGAGCACUAUGCCACGUACAUGGGUCCUCUCCCCGAGGGCCAUCUGGCCGUGGAGUCCUAUACGUUCGGCUCUCGUCUGAUCCCUCGCAGCGUCAUUGAGGACGACAAGGACAGCUUUGACGCCGUGGUGCAGAAUCUGACCGCCAACGGUGUCAUCCUGGGCGUAUCGGCCGGCAGCUUCACCAACAUCCAGGGAGCGACCAAUGCGGCACACCCCGCGUGGCGAUCGGCAGCCAUGCAGAUGCAGCUCAUUACCCUCUGGAACAACUCGGCCGACGCUUGGGAUGCCAACCUGGCCGGGCAGAAGCAAAUGACCGACGAGUUUGUGCCGCAGAUUCAAGCCAUUACUCCCGACAGCGGUACUUACAUCAACGAGGCCGACUUUAACCAGCCAAACUGGAAGGUCGACUUCUUUGGCGCCAACUACAACAAGCUGUUGGCCAUCAAGAACAAGUGGGAUCCCACUGGAGUAUUUUACAUUCUCAAGGGCGUGGGCAGUGACGCUUGGACUGUCGCCAAGGAUGGAAGAAUGUGUCGGGCUUGA